UUUAUCGGGUAAGCAAAAGAUACCAUGAUUAUACAUUGCUAUUGAUCGGAUUGAAACUUUGUUCAAAAGAAUUUUAAUUUCCUAUUAUCAUGGUAUCAAGCAAUUUUAAAGUUAAUUUUCAUAAAGAAAAAAUGACUGAUGAAGAUGUUUUAAUUUUUGAUGACGACGAUGAAUGGACGUUUGAAGAUGAGGACGUUAAAUCAACUACUAUAAACCAAUCAAAUGGUAUGGAAGAUAUAGGUGUCGUAGAAAAUGAUAUAUUUAUAGACAAAACACUUAAUGAUUCAUCAGAACAUAGAGCACAUAUAUGGAAUCUUGAUAUAACUUCAGGGAGAAUUCGAUUCAAACUUCAUCGUAUUGUAGAUCAUAUUGUUUCAAGAAUAUUUAGUAUAUGCCUUGUGCUUCUUGACAUUAUCUUUGUUCUUAUUGCAUUAAUUUCCAAUAACAAUGCUAAUGAUAAGAUUUACUCAUAUAUCACUCUUGCAAUUGUGACUUAUUUUAUGGUUGAGUUAACAAUUAGAAUAUUUGUAUGGGGUCCUGAAUUUUUUCACCAUCGACUGGAGAUAGUUGACAUGGUGGUCAUUAUUUUGUCUUUUCUUACAGCAGUGAUAUUUGAAGUAAUUACUCUGGAUGAAAAUGCUAAAUAUGGAAAGUUAGUUGUUGCAUUUCGUCUUUUACGUAUUUUGCUUUUGAUAAGAGUUUUCACUGGUCAGAAGCAUGUGAAAAAAGCUACAAGGAACCUAAUCUCUCAAAAUAAAAGGCGUUAUGUCAAAGAUGGUUUUGAUUUAGAUUUAACCUAUGUCACUGACAGAGUCAUUGCUAUGUCUUUUCCAUCUUCUGGAAAAACAUCAUUGUACAGAAAUCCAAUUUCAGAAGUGGCUCGAUUUUUUAAUACAAAGCACCCUGGACAUUAUAAAAUUUAUAAUCUGUGUAGUGAGCGCCACUAUGAUACCUCCUACUUUCAUGAUAAUGUGGAGAGAGUUUUAGUUGAUGAUCACAAUGUCCCAAGGCUGAGUCAGCUGUUGCAGUUUUGUCACAGUGCUUUUGAUUGGAUGAAGAAGGAUGAAAAUAAUGUAUUGGUUGUUCAUUGCAAAGGAGGAAAAGGAAGAACUGGAACUUGUGUUGCAGCGUGGCUUUUGUUCUCAGGCCAGUUUAAAUCUGCAGAGAAAGCUUUGCAUUAUUUUGGAUUGAGAAGAACAGAUAAAGCUAAGGGAGAGAGAUUUCAAGGAGUAGAAACACCAUGUCAGAGUCGUUAUGUUGGGUACUUUGAGAAAAUACUAAAUGAUAUGAAAGGCCGUUUACCUGUUCCCAAACCAGUUGUAUUAAAAAGUCUAAAGAUAACAGGGAUUAAAAGUGUUGGUAAUGGCAACGGUAGUGAUUUACGCAUGGAAGUCAUUGUAAAUGGUCAUGUUAUUUUUGAAUUGAACUUCAAAGUUCCUAUCAACUGUAAAGUUUCUUUAAAAGGAAGUGAUACUCUUGUUGUUAAGUUUAAUUUGGACGACUUUCCUGUAUUAUCUGGUGAUGUUAAAUUUAAAUUUCACUCCUCAAAUCCAACAGUUCCAAAAGUGUACGAUAACUGCGCAUUCUUCUUUUGGUUACAUACCAGCAUGAUAACUAAUAAAAAAUUUCAUCUAGCUCGUAACGAAAUUUCAAAUUGUCAUAAAUCAAAAACCUGGAAAAUCUACCCAAAAAAUUUCGAAAUAACUUUAAAAUUUGUAGAAAAGAACAAUUCAAGCAUCGAUGUUUAUGAAAAAAAUACAGAAUGAUUUAUAUAACUUAUGACAUAUCUUUAAAGUGGUUGGUAGUUAUUGACCGUGCCAUUACUGUUGUUCACGUUGUUUGCGCGAUAGCUCCAUAUCAAUGCCGACUACUGAAAACACCGUUAUCCAGUAAAUAUUUAUAUCAGAAGUUAUAAUAUUAAAUUUUUUUCAGAUAAUAAACCACUUUUUUUUUUCUUUUUUUUAUAAAUUGGUUUUGCGUAAUUAUUUGAGCUUUAAAAAAUAGAAAGUUUGAAACCCUGAUAAAUAGUCAUUUUCAGUAAUAGUUUUUUUGAUUUCUAGCUACUAUAGUUAUUAUAUAAUAAUAUAUGAUUUUCAUACUUGUAAAUGUUAUUUUUGUACAUCUCUUAAGCAUUUUUUUGUCGUGAAUCUGCUUUUUUGGUUGUUCGGUUAAAUUUAACGAGUAUUUAUAAAUCAGUUUAUGACACCAAUUGACUUCUAACAUGUAAAGUUUUAGCAGAUUCGCGACUUCAGAUUGACGUUGUUAUAUUUGACGAUAUUGAAUAAAGCAUUUUUACUAGAAAAUAUUUUAUAAAAAUUUAUAUAAUAUAAUUUAUGAUAUUUUAUUUGAAUAAAAUAAUAUUUUUUAAUUUGUAAAUUUAUUUUGUUGUUUUUUAAUUUUUAAUGGUUUUUUUUAUUAUUAUUAUUUUUAUUAUAUGGAAAUAUAAAGUUAUUGUAAUAGUUUUGAUUUGAAUUUAUGGCAAGUUU